AAUUUUUUCACAGCGUAUUUUCUAUGCAUUUUCAGUGUAUUUCAGUGGCUUAAAUGCACGUGUAUUAAUCUUCUAUAUCGCUCAGUGUUGUGUGCAGCAUCAUAUAUAUAGUUAACAUGCCUCCACUGUUUCAACAUGAAACUUUGAAGGAUCAUUAUGAAAUUAGGAUAAGGACUUAAUUGUUGACAAUUAAAAAAAAAAAUACGCUCCUUUUGCAAGGACAUACAAUGUACAAGUACGCCGUGAGCAUCAGUGUCUGUCGCGUAGUCGUUAUACAGUGUAUGUAUCUUUAGAGAAGUGGUAGGUAGAAGCUAAAUGAGGAAGUGACGUCAUGAGAUAUCCUAGGAACUGACGUGGUUAUGAGUGGACAUUUUUUUCCAGUGCUCACCUUGCUGUGUUCGGCUUGCGGAGUUCUAGCCAUGUGUUCAAUGAAGAGGUACCCUCUCACUGUGGAGGAAUGGUAUAACUGUGUUCCGUGUCCGCCUCCUGGGAAAUUUUCCUUGUUGUGCUCACAUCUUAGCAAAAAUUGUGAAUUGUUGACAAAACUGCUUGAAAUUUGCCUCUCUCAAUAUAACCAAUACUACAAGCAAUGGUUUACAGAUGACAUCAAAUGUUCCGAAAAACAAGCAUGUCUGAAAAAACAUAAAUCAGUGUGUCUUCCCCUUGGAAGUAUUUUUGAAGUCCUGAACGUGUCUUGUAGACAAAGGACGGACAGUACCACAACUACGCUAUCUUCAACCACAACAACGCCGCAUUACACCACAUCCACAACUCUCUUCUCCACAACCCACAUGAGGACCACGCAGACGACCAAUGAUCACGUGACAAACUUCACACAAUCAAUCACGUCAUCAUUUAUAGAAGUGAUCAAUACCACUGUGUUGACUUCCGCUGUUACUCCUAUUCCACAAGAACCACCGAGAAUGGAACCGAUAUCCUCUCACUUAAUAUUCAUUAUAAUAGGUGUUAUAGUUAUUGUGUUUGCUGUCAUCGCAGCUGUAGUUUUUGCUAUCUGGAAAGUAAAAGAAAUUUACUAUGUUAAUUUUGAAAGCCCUCUUUACCGCCAAACUUCUACUGACUCGCGUGCUGCGAUCAUAAGAACAGAAAAUGACUGCAACAUACUAUGUGUCUUCCUCAAACAUAGAGUGACGUCACAGGACAACGGGCACUUGACGUCAAAAGAAAUUCAGAAGGUAUAUUACAAUGCCGUUCCUGGAGGCGAAUAUCAAACUGACACCGUGUUUCAGAACAACGAAAUGUUCGAAGAGGAUGUCAGUAUUAAAGCAAACUGUGAUGACGAGAUUUGUAAUGAAUACGUCAUUAAUGAUAACGGGAUUUGUAAUGAAUACGUCAUUAAUGAUAACGAGAUUUGUAAUGAAUACGUCAUUAAUGACGUGGACCAGGAUACACGAUUGUAAGGGGCUUAAACAUUGAGCAAAACAUUCCAAAUAUUAAUACUCAAAACAUUAAUUAUUAAUAUUAAAAAUAAAGAUAUUGUAUUUAUUUUAUGCAUUUAAUGGACUAUAGAACUGCUUAAGGACAGUUGAUUCAAACAAACUUUUUAUCAAAAAUCUUGAAAAUAUCAAUUAAGUCAUGUUUAUGUAAGUCUAACCCAUAGAUUUUAAUUUUUCAUUCAAAGUUUCACACUAAUGGAUUUAAAGUGACAAAAAGUUGUAUAGAUUAAUAAGGAUGGGUGCAGAAAGGUAGAAUUUUGAACAUCAUAGAAAGUUUACAAUUUCUUUAUAUUUUGGAAAUUUAUUAUUCUCAUUAUUUACAACCAAAAUAGCUUCAAAAACAUAUAGUUACCAAUCCAGGCAUCCAUUUUCUUGUUUGUAUCAUCUGUCCUUAAGUAGAGUGCAAUAUUUAUUUUUUAUAUGCAUAGGAUUUUGAAGGCAAAUUUUAACCUUCUCAAAUAUAUUACGGGUUUGCAUGCUUAAUACUCAUUGAAAAUCUGUAUAUUAUACAUGUACUUUGUGCAUAUAAAUUGGUAAGAGUG